AUGCCCAAGUACACCAGCAAGAACUUCGUCGUCGCAAAGAACGAGUCUUCGGGCGUUCCUCUUUUGGAACGUAUUCAACUUUCUCCCAAAAAUGAACGUAAAUUCAAAAACAUCGGAAAACCUGCAAAACGGUACCAACCGUACGCCAACAAGCCCAUCGCCCACAAGCCGCUCGCACUCGAACGUCGCCUCGAGUUACUCGACGAGGCGAAGGAAGAAGCCCAACGACGUCAGCAAGCUGCUGACGAUCUACUCAAACAACGACGCACGGAAGCCAAGAAAAUUGGUACGCAUCGAGCCUAUGAUGACCUAAAGGGGAUCCUUCGCCGUUGCGAGGAACUCCUCCCCACUCUCGUCGCCGUAAAUAAGCGGUUCUUCGCAACGCACGACCAUUUGGUUGAUGCGGAGGAGCUCACUAAGGCUGGGAAAGGGUCACUUGCUGUCGAGCAGGUGCAUGAAUUGCUGAAGCUCUUAGACGGGCUUAGCUACAUCAAGGAGGUCGUCGAAGACAAAGAGCUCGACAUCGUCGAAUGGGGCAAUACGGAGUGGAGGCGGAUCAGCGGGCUUUGCAGGCGGUUGAAAAAGGUACACACAGAAGGCACAGACUUUUAUGACAUUUGUAAAGCACUGUUAGACGGGAACUACACCAUACCGGUGCGAUUCAAAGCUUACAGUAAAGAGGCAGAUGAUUUUGUCUGGUACAAUGGUGUAUAA